AUGCCACGAACGGUGGGUCUGAACCCGCUGGCGACGGAGAAAGAGGUGGAACUAGUCACGAGACCGUCAAAAUUCACUCUGCAUGACACGGGAUAUCAGAUUGAGGACCGGUCAGCGGGUAGUUUAUUCCUCGCGAAGAGCACAAAAAAGGGUCCGCAGCGUCUGACUGUUCGGGAUCUAGCGGAAUUGCGACAUAGCGUUGCACAGAUUACCUAUUUGUCUGCGUGCUCCACUGCAGAGAACUCGUCCAUCGAUUUGGCCAACGAAGUGAUUCAUAUUGCCAGCGCCUUCCAACUGCUUGGGUUCCCGCACGCUAUUGGAACCCUGUGGGAGGCCGAUAACCAGUGUGCAACUGAGGUCGCCGGCACGUUUUAUCGGAAUCUGAUAGAACAAUUGAAGGAGAGUGGCCCGGAUGUCAGUCAUGACGUGGUUGCUUAUGCUCUACAUCUUGCUACAAUGGAGCUAAGACGGAAGAAACCGGGCAAUGUAAUUGGUUGGGCACCGUUCAUACGUAUCGGGGCUUAG